AUGGACACCCUCAACAGCAGAGAACAACAAGAAUUCCAAAAAGUUGUAGAGCAGAAGCAGAUGAAGGACUUCAUGAGACUUUACUCGAACCUGGUCGAGAGGUGUUUCACCGACUGCGUGAACGACUUCACCUCGGCCAAGCUCACCAACAAGGAACAAACCUGUAUUUUGAAGUGUUCCGAGAAAUUCCUUAAGCACAGCGAGCGUGUGGGGCAACGUUUCCAGGAGCAAAACGCCGCUUUGAGUCAAAGCAUGAGGCGUUAG